AUCGUCCACCAUUAAAAAUUUUGGAACCCUGGUACCAGGUCCGCAGUCUACGACUCCAAAAGCGUUUCGGGCAUACCUAAAGACCUCUUUCCAUCGUUUUGCUGGCUUUUCGGGAUUCUGCCCCACCGCUGGUUUCGCGCAGUAUCAGUGACUGGCGAAACGAGUGAAUCGAAAGUCGAAAAGGUAUAUGCGGCAGCGCGUUUCUCGCGCUUGCGCGCUUGGAAACGCGGUCGGCCACGCGACGCGGUGAUACAGAAGCGAUAGAGAGAAGACGAAGAAAACGCAGCCGGCGCAGUGAGGAUCCGGGUGACGGCGCAACGCGGCGUGGCCUAGGGAGCAGCUAAACAAGCCGACGAGGGGGGAAACGGAAAUUUGCAGAAGACAGACACGCGGUGCGGAGACGCAGCAAUUUCGCCGCGGUUACAGCGUGGUGUACGAUCAACGUGUUCGCGUGAAAUUUGUAAAACCUGAUGGACGCGUAGUGGAACGGAUCGGUAGUACGAAGAAAAUUGCUUUUGUCGCAUAAGAAGGUGGCAGGGGCGCAGGAGAUCGAGCAGAUCGAGCGUUUCCGUCUUGAUCGACGAUCGAGCGUUGUUCAGUCAGCGCGCGUCUAGCAAGAGUUGCGCGAGUACUCGAGUAACAAGAACGAAAGCUGACCGUUCCACGAAUAGAAGAUGACGCGACCCGCUGACCACGGCGGAUGACGCGCGUGACGGAUCAUUGGUAAGGGAUUGGCAGCGAUUGAGAUGAAGUAUACUUGUAAGCACGCGGUUUGCGCGAUCGACGCGUCAACAUCAACACUAACCACGCGGUCGUGGUAUACAUUAGAUACGUGUCGAGAUCAGGUGCAGGUAUCCAGCGAGACGAAAGGUGGGAGCAAUCGACACCUUUCGUGUCUUAUCACGAUACACUCGUCGUUACGGAGUUAUUAUUAGUCGAUCGGUUGAAAUUGUUCGAUUAGGUGUCGAGGCUCGUGCUACGAGUUACCGUGAAGACGAAUGGAAAUUAAUACUAGAAGCCAGGUUUUAUGCUGUCGUAGCGUAUGCGAGCGUGGGAAAAGUAUGCUAAACCACCGCGACGGCAAUGAAAUCGUCGUCGUCCACCUGUCCUCCGGUUUGGCAAAUUAGAAACGCUCGGUUCACUAUCAGCGACGUCUGGAUCGAGGUACUGGGAUCGAGUUUCGAUCGCACUUGGACUUGGACUUGGAAUCCAACUUGAAACUCGGACUCGAGGACGAUGCUCGACGACCUUUGAUCGGCAUCGAACCUCGCGGGAGACGAGAAGUAAGAAGUACCGAGAGAUCGUCGAUCGACGUUGGAUCGUGGUGGGCUCGGUACGUGAAAUCAUCGAGACGAAAGCGACGAUGACGGCAACGCGUUCGAUCGGCACGAGCCGCGGGCCGCGAGCGGCGAGUCCGCUGAGGGACGAUCGCUGACGGGCGCGAGUAGGAAUCGAGGCGCGAAGCAGUGCCGUAGUCCUGGGGGCCCAGGGUAUACGCGCGGUGUAUUAAUAGCCCGGAAUAAGACGGUGGUGGGGCGUUGUCCGCUCGCGGGUGAAAAUAGAAAAGAAUGUUUUUGGAAUCCAAUUGGACUUGGUUGGUCGAACGAUGGGGCAAUAUGGCCGACUUGGCCGAGCGGGUGGACGAUCUGAUAUGCAGUUUCGACUCGACUGGUGACACGACCAUGGAUACGUUAUCGAUGCUAAUAUUCGGCUGGAUGUUGUUCGGUUUGGUGGUGUUGUGCGUCGGUAAAUACGUUUACAAUCGGUUCGUUUUAAACGAGGUCGCCUCGGCGACGACGAUUGCCGCCAAGGACGGCCAUAUCGUUCACGAUAACAUCGGUGUCGUUGGUGCUAUCGGUGUCGUCGGUAGUGCCGUAGGUGCCGGAAGUGCGGGUGGUCUCGUGAAAUCGAUAUCCCUUGGGAAGCAGAAAAGUGGCGGGUCCGGUUCGAGCCCCGCAGGGGGUAAGACUUCGGUCGGAUCGAGCGGGGCAGGUGGUGGCGGCGGUGGCGCCGGUUCCGGAUCCCUCGGUGCCACCGGCACCGGUAUCGCGUCGCCAGGUGGAAUCGGUUCCCCGUCCGGUGGUUACGUUCCACCUACGCCCCCUGUUCGCAAACGGCUCACCGCCAGGAAGACUUCCGGUGCUUUGAUCAGCCCGGCGAGAAGCUCCAGGAGCUUGCAUCUGCCGACGGCGACAGGCGCGGAUCCAGACGCGGUGCGCUGGGUCAACGAGGUCAUCGUCUGGCUCUACUCGGAUCCAGCGAUCCUCGACGAACUGCUGGCGGUUUGGGUCGCCUCCCUGAACGAGAUUACCAACAACUCCGUCGACGAGCACGGAGUCGGAGUCGAGUUCGUACGUGUCCUUCCUGAAACGUAUCCACCGAAUCUCUCCAACAUCUUUUGCGAAUGCGAUUCCAAGGACGACGUCGCCAUCACGUGCGACUGCGAGGCAACGCCGGCGCUGCAGUUGAAGGCGUUUCGUCGCAAAGGCGACAAACUGGAAGUCGGCCACUAUCGAGUAAACGUGAACCGUUUUCGCGCGCGACUAAACGUCAUUUGCAUCACAGAGAAGCUUCUCUUAGAUCUGAAAUGCGACGGUUGGCCAGAGGUGAAAGUCUCGUUGGCCCCAGUGGGCACGAUAAAGAAAGAUCUGGACGAGAGCCAGUUGCAGGAAGUUGUAACGGAAAUCGUGGUGGGUGCGUUAAGGGGGACCAACGUUCAUCUGAAUUUGUUUCAAUAUCCGAGUUGCCCGCGUCUAUGGAGAGAACAAGCGCAACAACCUGGCUUCUCGAUGCCGGUACACUACGACAGUAUGAGCACGUCCAGUGGCUCAAUUCAUCCUCAACGACAACCGACUCGCACCCAGAGUCCCGCGUUGGUUCAGAAUCAAUACGUGGCUGGUGACAAGAGAUUGCUAGUCAAGGUGGUCAGAGCAGCAGAACUCGGCGGGGAGAAGGGCGCCAUGGAACCCUACUGCGUAGUCGAACUAGACGAACCCUCGCAAAAGAAUCAAACGUCCGUGAAGAAGGAUACCCGAAAUCCGUUGUGGGACGAGGCGUUCUUAUUCGAUGUUAAUCGGAACACAACGGAAGUGUUGUUGGAAGUCUACGAUCGCGUGAAUAAAUCUCAACGAUUUCUGGGCCUGGGGAUCGUGGGAGUCGACGAGCUCCUCGCCAAUCCGAGUCAAAGGCAGAUCAUACCCUUGCAGUGUCGGCCGUACGAGGAGGACGACAUCACUGGCACCCUGACGGUCGAGUUUCUGUUCAUCGAGGGUGCAGAGGUGCCUCAAAUUGGGAACAAACCUUACAAGGUGAAGGAGACGAUAAAGCCGGUGUCACCGACUCGUACCUACAAUCCGACAAAUGUCAUCAGCGACAAUAGUCUAAAUUACAACAAUGGUAACAGCACACUUAUCUUGUACGACUCUACCGUUCUAUCCGAUGGGGACUACCUGACGAACGGCAACGUCGUCGACUCGCCCUACAGAACUGGUCAGUCCAAUGGGAACAAGGGGACCCUGAUCGUACACAGCCAGCAAAGGCAGCCGGAGCGGCAGGUGGUUAAGGUCGCCCUGACGGAAAGUGGGAACUGGCAGGAAAUAUCCCCGGAGCAUGGACCAAAAGAUGCUAGCAUGACAUCGGGACCAGAAAGCACACCAAAUUCUUCCAAUUCCGAAGACAGAGGUAGAACGCGAAGAAAACGGCGGGACUUCUUCGGCACGAUAAGAAAGCGACUGAGCCGAUCGAAAACGAGAAGCAGAUCCGUUGGACCGGAAGGUGACGCGAACCACGAGGACGCUCACUCUAGAUCCAUAUCCGCGGACAGGGCCCGCGAUCCCGGCUCUGCACGUUUAUCGAUACCAGGAAGGGAAGAGCACUCGAGGCGUUCCAGUCUGAGCGAGGCGUCCGGUAUCAGCGGUGCGUCGACCAGAACUUACGUCAACGAAGCUUCCACCUUGGUUCUCGAAACGCUCGAGAACGGUAUUAAAAAGCAUUAUCUGGUGCCACUGUCGCUCGCGCAGAAGAACAAGUGGAGGAAAAAGGGCACGAAGCUUCACAUAUUUAACGAUCAUACCUUCAUAGCAAAACACAUGGCUGGUGGGACCGUAUGCGAAGUAUGCAAGCGAACGCUCGCGAGAAGAUUAGGCAAACAGGGCUACGAAUGCAGAGACUGUCAAAUGAAAUGUCACAAACACUGUCACGUCAAAGUGGACACGAUGUGCCCCACGUCCACCAUUCAGAGCAUCGAAUUAACUUACGUGAAGAUACCACGGCUCGAGCGAAAGAAAUCGUCCCUCAGUCUCUGCUGACCAAGUCCCGGAGACGUCUUCAACGACCGAAAUCACUUCACCUGGUCCGCCGUCGUUUGCAAACAGCAAAUAAUAUCUCCCAUCGAGUUGUCGUUCGAAUCGCUUUCGUUCGUAAUUGUUCAUAUUUGCGAAGCACGUCGCGUUACACCCUUGCAAAAAUCGUAGACAAUCGUCGAAGCAAGCCUAGCCACAGCAACCGUCACGGUCAGCUUCGAUGCAUGGAGCGCUUUUGAACGCGAUAGCAAAGUUAAUGAUUUAUUAUCCGCCGUCUCGACUUUGCGCUUGUUAACCGGGACAAACGAAUGCGAAUGCGAACGAAACAAAACGAUACGACACGAUACGAAACGAAACGAAACGGAACGAAGAAAACGGAGGAAAUCUGGCGACAUUGUUCUCGAUUGGGGAAGCGGUAAACUGAAUUCGUAGACGCCUGUAUUAUGGCCGCGAAAAAGUUGCACAGCUGAUAAUAGCAUCGCCAGAGAGGUAAACGGGAGGGAGGAAAAAGUUCUCGCAAGAGUUUCUACUUCGUAAAAUUACUUUGCGGCGCGGGAAACAAUUGUGCGCAUCUACUUUGCGCAUACGCGCCACUCUUACGACGAUCGUUUACCCCCUAGCGGAGUCGGUAUCGCCGUAGGAUUUUCACGCGGCGGUGUAUACUUACGUAACGUGUUUCUAUAUACGUUUCAUCUCGAACAAAACGAAAUCGAUAACGUUCGAGACGAGUAAUUAAAUAUUCGUCCGUUUCUACAUCCGUUCCUAGUUUUACGCGUUCUCAUUCGAAUUUUCAUGUAAUUUUUUACGCUUCAACGAACGUAUCCUUCACCGUAUGUAUUGGAAACGUUUGAUUUUCUAUCGAUUCCCAGUAUCACGCUUCGAGAUCGUAUAUCCGUUUCCCUGUCGCGAUUAGGAUUUAGGAAAUGGCCGCACGAUCGAGAAAAGCGACGCGGGAAACUGAGUAUGUAAUCGGAAACGUCGACGUUAGUGCCUCUAGACGCGAAAGCUUGUAAUUUUCGAGACAUCGUUGUAACUGUCCGAUGGAACCAAUGAUACUUUUGAUAGUAUUAUCAAUUCUUACGGUGGUGACGAAUCGAUCGAUCGAAAUCGAACGCUUACACGCGCACAACUCGUGCCUGCGUACACCGCGGAUAGAAAGUCGGCUGAUAAUAUUAUUAUGAUUGUAAUUAUUAUAAUUAUUAUUGUUACUAUUAUUAUUAUUGUUAUUGAGAGGGGAAUGCAGCGGAGAAUAUUUAUGGAAACGACGUCGAUUGCCAGAAUCGAAGCAGGAGGAAGAAAACACGAGUACAAUAAUGAUAAUGAUAGUAGUAUUGUGUUAUGUUAAGAAAAAUAAUAUAUUGCAGUAUGAUUCUACACCGUUCGAAAGCCUUC